AUGCGCAUCCACGUGACGCAGUUCUUUCAGACGAAGCGGCGUCGCCGCGUGAAGGUGGCCGUGACCUUGUUGGCGCUUUUGGGUGUGUGCAACACGUUGGCAGUGGCGCUCAAAUACUACCAUUCCACUGUGUUGCGCUUCAGCAACGUCUCCCCGAUUACCUUAUCGACAUCGCUUUUCCGCGCCACGUUGUCUUCAAAAUGUCUUGUGUUGACCGCGAAGGCCACGAGUUCCGAUACGAACGCAGUCUGUCAGAAGCUGGUCGGUGCGUCGGGUGCGAGUUUGACCUCCUUCGCGGACACCGUGUGCUCCUACGUCGAGGACGCCUCCGCCACGACCGCCUCCACCUCCACCUCCGCCACGACCGCCUCCACCCCGACCGUCUCUGAAGCGGAAGAGUCGGAGACGACGAGCCGGUCCGGUCGUCGAGGAGCCGUGUCUGGGAUCCUGGCGCCCGACAAGCUGGAGAUGCUCAGAUCCGUGUUCUCAUCGACCACCGACGACAGCACGGAGGACAGCGACGGGGCGGACGACAGUGCAGGGGAAGAGCAGGGCUGGAGCAAGGCCUGCCACUCGGCACGGGCCGUACAACGAAGUUCUGGCUGGGCAUUGUGGGCACUCGCCGGCGGUGUGGUGUGCAACUUGUUGGCUAUUCUUGGUGCCAUUUUGUUCGCCUCGCGAGCCAGGGAAAAAGUGCGUCUUGGUUUCUUGGGGCUGGGCAUCGUGGCUUCCGUCUUACAACUGCUCGCUGUCGGACUUUUGUUUGUCUACGGCGGCAUGAUCAACGUGGAGACUUUCCCCUUCGUGCUCUCCGGCACCGCUGGUUCUAGCAGCACUGGUCUGGAUCUGGGACCAGACGCAAGUGCGGGGAUCGGCAUCCAGAGAAACAGUUUGUCCUAUGGAUUUUAUUUGGCACUCGCACUCGGUCUUGCCCAAUUGCUAACCGGUGUGGGCAUUGCUCAGAUGAUCCCCGGCGUCUUCACCGCUUCCGUCCCAGAACAACUUGCCUAUUACUACAACCAUUACGCCCCAUCUGACAAGGACUACAUUCAAGACGACUCCGGUUUCAUCGACGCACGCGACAGCAUUAUUCCAGACGAAGACUUCCUCCGACCGCCCGUGCUUCUCGACGAUGACCUCGCCCGUGCAGAAGUGCAACACCUCAUGCUCAACGUUCAUCCCAACACUCUCGCCACACUCACCAACACAACCCAGCCAGCCGCGACCCCAGUCGUGACAAGAGUGGGAACACCCCUGGCGAUGAUGGGAACUCCGGAGGCAGCGAUCGUCGGAAUGCCAGUGAUGGGGACUCCAGAGGCGAGAACGGCACCUGCAGUGGAAGAUCCGAGGUCAGUGGCUUAA